UGUGCUAUUUUGUGAAUACAACGAUGCCGACUCUCAGCAGGAAGCCGGAUGUUAUGUUUGAGGAUGAUGACCUGCCCUACGAAGAGGAGAUCAUCAGGAAUCCAUAUUCUGUCAAAUGCUGGAUGCGCUACAUUGAACACAAGCAGAACGCACCGAAGUCUGUGCUCAACAUGAUUUAUGAGCGUGCUCUGAAAGAGUUACCUGGCAGUUACAAAUUGUGGUACAAUUAUCUGAGAGAGAGGAGAAAACAGGUUAAGGGAAAGUGUGUCACAGAACCAGCAUAUGAAGAGGUCAACAACUGUCACGAGAGAGCACUGGUGUUCAUGCACAAGAUGCCAAGGAUAUGGCUGGAUUACUGUCAGUUCCUUGUGUCUCAGUGCAAAAUUACCAGGAGUCGGCGGACGUUUGACCGGGCCCUGAGAGCCCUCCCCAUCACGCAGCACCCUAGGAUCUGGCCUCUGUAUCUCCGCUUCGCCCGUAAUCUUCCCCUGCCAGAGACUGCCAUUCGUGUUUAUCGCAGAUACCUCAAGCUUGCUCCUGAGAAUGCAGAAGAGUACAUUGAUUAUCUGCGUUCAGUUGGGCGUCUGGAUGAGGCAGCAGUCCGGCUUGCUGCUGUAGUCAAUGACGAAAGCUUUGUCUCAAAGGAGGGCAAGUCUAACUAUCAGCUCUGGCACGAGCUGUGUGACCUCAUCUCACAAAAUCCAGACAAAGUUACCUCGCUCAACGUGGGCGCCAUCAUUCGCGGAGGCCUCACCCGCUUCACGGACCAGCUGGGCAAGCUCUGGUGCUCCAUGGCCGACUACUACAUCCGCAGUGGCCACUUUGAGAAGGCUCGGGAUGUGUAUGAAGAGGCCAUACAGACCGUGGUGACUGUAAGAGACUUCACUCAGGUCUUCGACAGCUACGCUCAGUUUGAGGAGAGCAUGAUCGCUGCUAAGAUGGAGACCACCUCUGAGAUGGGACAGGACGAAGAUGACGACAUCGACCUGGAGCUGCGUUUGGCACGCUUCGAGCUGCUGAUUACUCGCCGACCACUGUUACUCAACAGCGUCCUACUCCGUCAGAACCCUCAUAAUGUACACGAGUGGCACAAGAGAGUCAAACUGUAUGAGGGCCAACCCCAUCAGAUUAUCAACACGUACACAGAGGCGGUGCAGACGGUGGACCCCAUGAAGGCCACAGGGAAGCCUCACUCUCUUUGGGUGGCCUUUGCUAAGUUUUAUGAGGAUAACGACCAGCUGGAUGAUGCAAGGACUAUCUUCGAGAAGGCGACCAAGGUGAACUACAAACAAGUGGACGACCUGGCAGCCGUGUGGUGUGAAUAUGGAGAAAUGGAACUACGUCACGAGAAUUACGAGCAGGCGCUACGCAUACUGAGAAAAGCAACUGCGAUCCCGUCCAGAAAAGCAGAGUACUUUGAUUCGUCAGAGCCCGUGCAGAAUCGCGUGUAUAAGUCUCUCAAAGUCUGGUCCAUGCUGGCUGAUCUUGAGGAGAGCCUUGGCACUUUUCAGUCCACGAAGGCAGUGUACGACCGAAUCAUUGACCUGCGCAUUGCCACACCUCAGAUCAUCAUCAAUUAUGCUAUGUUUCUGGAGGAGCAUAAUUACUUUGAGGAGAGCUUCAAGGCUUACGAGCGCGGAAUUGCACUCUUCAAGUGGCCUAACGUGUAUGACAUCUGGAACACUUACCUCACCAAGUUCAUUGACCGUUAUGGUGGGAAAAAGCUGGAGAGAGCACGAGACCUGUUUGAGCAAGCACUGGAUGGUUGCCCUGCUAAACACGCUAAAACCAUUUACCUGCUGUAUGCGAAGCUAGAGGAGGAAUACGGGCUGGCCAGACACGCCAUGGCCGUGUAUGAAAGAGCAACACAGGCUGUGGAGACGGAGGAACGCCAUCACAUGUUCAACAUCUACAUUAAGAGAGCAGCAGAGAUAUACGGAGUCACACACACCAGAGCCAUCUAUCAGAAGGCCAUUGAGGUCCUUCCGGACGAGCACGCCAGGGACAUGUGCCUGCGCUUUGCCGAUAUGGAGAGCAAACUGGGCGAGAUUGAUCGGGCCAGAGCCAUCUAUUCCUACUGUUCCCAGAUCUGUGACCCCAGGAUGACAGCUCAUUUCUGGCAGACGUGGAAAGAGUUUGAGAUUCGUCAUGGAAAUGAGGACACAAUUCGUGAGAUGCUUAGGAUCAAGCGCAGUGUCCAGGCGACGUACAACACGCAGGUCAACUUUAUGUCCUCUCAGAUGCUCAAAGCCACAACAAAUGCCACCGGUACAGUGUCCGAUCUCGCCCCGGGUCAGAGUGGAGUUGAUGACAUGAAGAUGUUGGAGCAGAAGGCUCAGCAGUUGGCCGCAGAGGCCGAGCAGGACAAACCCAAACCCAAAGACAAGAUCCUGUUUGUCAGAAGUGACACGUCACGCAGUGAACUGGCUGAGCUAACUAAACAGGCUAACCCCGAUGAGAUUGACAUUGAUGAUGACGAGGAAGAGGACGAUGACGGCGAAGAACGGGAGCCAGAUGAGGUGCAGCUUGAGCAGAAGAGUGUCCCCACUGCAGUGUUUGGAGGACUCAAGGAAGACUGAAAAUAUGUUGGACACAAAUUGAAUUUGCAGAUUAACUGAGGUUACCUCAGUCAGGUCAUGACAAACACAAUAGACUGUAUAAGAUGGAUCAUGAUUGUUGUUAGUCCUGAGGGUGUCAUAAACGUUUUUCUUCUGUCUUACUACUUGCUGUAUGGAAAGAGGGAAGUAAACAUGUCUAAUCAAGUCAGUGAUUAAAGUUCGACUUGUAAUAUUCCUGUGGUUUUGCACUCUCGCGCAAUACCAGGUUCUAACGCAAGAGGUCGUUGUUUCUCACGCUGUAAAUCCCCCUCAAAUGA